CGUCAACAUGCGAAAAUUUCAAACAGUUAGCUCUUUAUUUUAAGAUGAAAACAUACAAUAUUAUAUGUUUAACGAUAUUACUCAUUUAAUGUGUAGGUAGAUUAAGUACAUUUAAGAACCUGAAACUACUUCUUGGUCGAGUUUCAGCUGCGAUUUUUAUCAAACAUAAAGUAAGUCACUGAGACUUUGAUCCCAUAACGUUACCUUCACAUUAUCCGAUUUUAAGAAGUUGCUUUGAUAUUAAUAAUCAAAACCAGGAGCUCAGGCAAACAUGUCGGCAUCAGGUGAGUCAGUCUCACUCGAAUAUCGUCCUGUUUUCCCGCCUCAGUCCACCGUUGUGAGGGAAAGGAGUCUGACACCUGAAGAGAUGGAGAAACUCGGCAAUGACCGAGUUUUAGUGUCCCACUUCAAGCAGCAAAAACUCGAAACGGAUGCUCAGAAAAACUGGGACUUAUUUUAUAAGAGAAACACGACUAACUUCUUUAAAGACAGACACUGGACGACCCGGGAGUUUGAUGAACUGAAAAACUGCAGAGAGUCUGAGGGACAGAAGUUGGUGUUGUUGGAGGCUGGAUGUGGGGUUGGAAACUGUAUUUUUCCCCUUCUGGAAGAGGAUCUCAACAUCUUCAUCUAUGCCUGUGAUUUCUCUCCACGAGCUGUUGAGUUUGUAAAGAAAAAUGCCUUGUAUUGCACCGAGAGAUGCCUUGCGUUUCAGUGUGACCUCACUAAAGAUGAUCUUCAGGCCAACAUACAGGUUGAAACAGUGGAUGUUGCAACAUUGAUAUUUGUUCUGUCUGCAAUUCAUCCUGACAAGAUGCAGAAAUCUCUGGAACAAAUUUAUAAGGUAUUAAGACCUGGAGGUAUUGUUCUCUUCAGGGAUUAUGGACUAUAUGAUCAUGCCAUGUUGAGGUUUAAGUCGGGCAAUAAGCUGGGUGAAAAUUUCUAUGUAAGACAGGAUGGCACCCGUUCCUUUUUCUUUUCAAGAGAGUACUUGGCUGGUUUAUUCCAAAACGCAGGAUUUGAGACUCUAGUGAAUGAAUAUGUGCUGAGAGAAACAGUGAAUAAAAAAGAGGGUCUGUGUGUUCCCCGAGUCUUUCUACAGAGUAAAUUUCGCAGACCUAUUCACUCAUGAUCAACAUUAUCUACGUUAUUUUUUAUUGAUUACUUUGUUCAUAACUACUGUGCAAUAAAUUAUUAUUGACUUUUUAAGGUUAAUGUUUUUACCGUCUCAUAAUAAAAUGAUAAGAGCUGUUUUUUCC